AUGACUUCAGAUAGGAAUGAAGCAGAUGUUCCAGAGUCCACACGAAGAAGGCGGAUAUGGUCUAAUUAUCGACAUAGUCCGUAUCAGAUUCAAAUGCUUGAAAGGUUCUUCAAUCAACAUCAACAUCCGAGCGAACAUGAUCGUUGUAGAAUCGGAAGGGAGAUUGGACUCACACCAAAUCAAGUAAAGUCCUGGUUCCAAAACAAGAAGACUGCUCUUAAGUUGAAUGAUGACAAGAAGAAGAAAUCGUCAACACCCCAAGAGGAAAACCAAAUGCUACAAGCUGAGAACCUCUCAAUGCAAAGGUCGCAUGUGUACUCGAGAAGUGGAGCAUGUAUAGGACAGUCAUCAAUGGAACCGGUCAAUCAUAUCGUCUCUAAUGCUCCUAUCGUUGCUAAUGGAAAUUUGAUUGCUGUUAAUACAAAUAUGAACCAGCAUUUAGAUUUUGAGAUGUUGAACAUGACAGAAACAGUCAGGCUGGCUAGGGAUGAGCUAAUGUGCCUAUUUCAUCUAAACGAGCCGUUUUGGGUAAAAGAUGUGUCGGACGGAAGAUGUAUCAUUAAUAGGGAGAUAUACGAAGUAACACUCAUGAAUAGAAAUAUCCGCAAAAAUCACCGUGAUAAUGGAUUGCGUACUCGCAUUGAAUCAUCAAAAUAUGAAGCAUCCUUGAACAUGAGUGCUUUUAGAGUGGCUCAGAUGCUAAUGGAUUCGAAAAUGAGGGUAGAAUAUCUUUUUCCUACCAUCAUAACAAAUGCCUUCACAAUCCAUGACUAUGGAAAUCAAGUAUUGCCUCGCCAAGUCGGGGCUCUAAAAUUGGAAUAUGAGCAAAUACAAUUGUCAACUGCAUCCAUGGUUCCAAGAGACUUCUACUUUGUUCGCUUCUGUGAAAAGGUCACUGAAGGAACGUGGCUAAUAGUUGAAGUGUCUCAUGACUUCAAUAAUACCAAUUUUCAACUGGAUUCCCCCUGUCGGGCAUGGAGGUGCCCUUCCGGCUGCAUAAUUAAGGAUGUUUCUCCUGGAGUCUCUCAGGUGACAUGGAUUGAACAUGUUGAAAUUGAUCAAGACAAGGACCCAAUUCAUCUUCUUUAUAAAGAUGUUAUCUUUGGGGGAUUGGCCUUCCAUGCAGAUAGAUGGGUCCAGAUACUUUCAAGGUCUUUUCAUAGGAUUGAUUCUUAUAAUAACAUCUUGAAGAAGCAAUUUGAUCAUGGUUCCCAACAAAACCUUGGAGUGCUAGGUGCCAUGGCCCAAGAAGAAAUACAAUGUAUAAUGAGAAUAAGCAACAAGAUGGUGAGGAAAUUCUGCGCAAACAUGAGCAAGAGAGACAAACUGGAAAUGCCUGACCUUAAAGACAAAGGAAUUUGUCUGUCUUUAAUCCGGGAUCAAGAAAACACUAACCCAUCCAAUAGCAUGAUCAUCAACGCUGCUACCUCGUUUCGGCUUGACGCUUCAUGUAAAAUGAUUCUCGAUUACUUACAGAAUGUUAACAUAAGAACUCAGUGGGAUGUUAUCUGCUAUGGACAACAACCAGUGCAAGAGACUGCUCGCAUUAAAUUUGGAGAUCAACUUGAUAGUUCAAUCUCUAUUAUUAAGCCUAACAUUGAAUCUCAAAACAAUGUGCGUGUGAUCCAAGAGACUCUUGUGGAUCCUCUUGGUGCUGUUGUAGUUUAUGCUCCUAUUGAUCGGGAUGAUUUUAAUGGAGAAUUAUAUGGGCCAUGGCCGAAGACUGUUCUUCCAUCAGGGUUUAUCAUAUCUAAAGAUGGAAAUCCGGAAUGCAUGCGGAUGGAUUUCGGAGGAGCUUCGACUUCGAGAAAUGUUGCGCCGCCCAACGGUUCACUCGUUACGGUGGCUUUCCAAGUUAUGUGUUAUUCGAAGAACAUCGAACCGGAAUCCGUGGAAAUUGUCACCUCUCUCAUUUCCUCGGCAGUUGACAGCAUAAAGUUGGCCUUCAAGUGCCCUGACCCCUCCGAGUAUCGUCGCGGAGCUGUGUCGUUGGCGGUGGCAGUGGCGGCGGUGGCAGUUGGGUCUCCCUCGGACUUCGGUGGCUGCAGUUGGGGGAAGGGAGGGUGGUGGGGUCGCGGUGGAAAGGAAGAAGAGAAAGGUGAUUGGGUGGGAGUUUUGGGAAAUGGGCAUGUGGGUGGGGGACCAACCGGUGAAUGA